GACACGGGAAAGUACAGCACAACAAUGGAUUAUGCUGCACCACGCUCUGCUGCCCACCACAACAAACGGAUCGUGCGUGGCGGUCAUCCAUAUCCGAGCCCUAGCCAGGCACUCGCCAGGCUCAAACACGAGGUCUAAUGAGAUCGGGCACAGUGCGGACGGCCAAAUAGUCCGGGGACGCGUGUAUCUAUGCGUGAAGUACAACACUCGGUGUAUGGAGUCGAAACAUUUAUGAAGUAUGGUUUGUUUCACCGGAUGGAUUAUAGGAUGGAUCACACCCACGGCCGUGUUCCGAACACUCUUUCAAAUUGGCAGCGUCCUGCCCUGCAGAUUUCCGCUCCUGUGCUCUCCGGGGGUCUGGAUUUACUCCGGCUUGAACCUACGUACAGCGUGUGUUCUCCGACACACCUCUGUGUGAGAAGUCAUUCAUUAUAGUAGUACCACCCCCGUCAUUUAGCAAUUGCCAUGUGGAUUUACAAGGCAACGAGAUGUGACUGCAUGUCAAGACGCCGUGACUUUGCUUUGGCAGUCGGUCCAAAGGCAGUGGAAAAACAGGAAGGUGUUAAGCCUGGAAGGGAGUGGACAGCACGGACUGCUGGGGGAAGGGAAGUGAAGACCGUGGAGGCUGCAGAAGAGAAUGACGUCCCACUGAGCGAAGGUUGGCUGGGGACUUCGAUACGAAGCCUCGGUUGCAGCAGCAGAAUGCGUGGAGGUGGAGGAGAGUGAGAUGAGACGGGAGACAUAGGAGAGUGCGUGGAGGGGGAGGAGAGUGAGUUGAGUGGGAAGAUGCAGCAGAUUGCGUGAUUAACAUUAACUUUGAAUGACCCCUUCUUCCCCAUCUGCAUCUUGUUCAUCACAUCGACUUUGAGGUCCCAGGGGCAGAACCGCUCACAGCGAUGGAGCUGCCUGCGUACCUCAUGGCCCUGGCCGGGUGGCUGCUGGCCUGCAGCACGGUCCACCAUGAGCAGUGGCGGGUUUCGUCCAUCGACGGCACCGUCAUCACCACCUCGACCCUCUACGCCAAUCUGUGGAAGGAGUGCGCCACCGACUCCACGGGGGUGGCCAACUGCCGAGAUUUUCCGUCCCUGCUGGCGCUCAAUGGCGACCUGCAGGCUAUCCGUGCGCUGUUCAUCUCGGGCAUGGCUCUGGGCGUCAUCUCGUGCCUCCUCGCCACCCUGGGGCUGCGCUGCACCAGCGUCCUCCCAGCCCGAGCCACCACCAAGUCCCGCGUGGUCUUAUGUGGAGGAGCCAGCUUCAUCUUCAACGGAAUCCUGUUCCUGGUCGUAUACUCGUGGUACGCACGCCAGAUCACGGCCGAGUUCUACAACCCCAUGUACCUCGGGCAGAAGUAUGAGCUGGGCCCUGCACUCUACAUCGGCUGGGCCGGCUCGGCCCUGUGCGUGGUCGGAGGAGGAAUUCUCUGCUGCACCAACGUCAAGAAAAGCCAACACCCACGCGGGUACCACAGCCACAAGGGCAACAUCCACUGCGGCAGUCGCAAUUGCGACCAACUAUCACAUCCACCACAACAAGCACAACAACGCUGAUCAUUAAUAACCACAGUCAUAACAACAACAAUAAAUAUAACAAUUGCAUCAACCACACAUCAUAAAACCCACACAGCACAACAACGACAACCAGAACAGACAUCACGACGAGCCUCAAAA